AUGGCGGCGGCGAUGACCUUCUGCCGGCUGCUGAACCGGUGCGGCGAGGCGGCGCGGAGCCUGCCCCUGGGCGCCAGGUGUUUCGGGGUGCGGGUCUCGCCGACCGGGGAGAAGGUCACGCACACUGGCCAGGUUUAUGAUGAUAAAGACUACAGGAGAAUUCGGUUUGUAGGUCGUCAGAAAGAGGUGAAUGAAAACUUUGCCAUUGAUUUGAUAGCAGAGCAGCCCGUGAGCGAGGUGGAGACUCGGGUGAUAGCGUGCGAUGGCGGCGGGGGAGCUCUUGGCCACCCAAAAGUGUAUAUAAACUUGGACAAAGAAACAAAAACCGGCACAUGCGGUUACUGUGGGCUCCAGUUCAGACAGCACCACCACUAG